GAACGCGAGUGAAGUCACCAGCUUUCCUUGGAGACCCGGCGCCUAUGCCGUGUUUGGGUUAGUGUGGUGGUUACCCUUGAUCGGGGUUAGCGUUAGUGGCACGGGCGAUAAGAGCGAUAAAUCACGUGUGGGAUGGUAGUGGAGAUAGAUUUUAUUUCGAUAGCCUCGAACUUUUUGACGAUUACGCCGGCAGGGAAGCACGCUGUGGUAGAGAUCGAGAGCCUCUAUAACCCACAAUGGCGCCCGUAAAAACGAAGAGAGGCGGCACAAACACCAAAUGGUCGACGGAAUUCGACACUCUCCGGAGAGACGAGCUUUUCCGCAACCCCCCCCAAGACCACAGCGCAUACCCAGCGUUGCAGGCUGCCAUUGAGCCGCAUAUCAACUCCUUCAAUGCCGUUUUUGAAAAGGAUGGGCUCCUCGCCCAGAGUCUCAAGGACAUUGGCGCAAAGACGUACCUCGAUGGUGAUCAGCGCCUCGGGCCCGCGGGCAAGAACAAGCUCACUGUCAGGAUAAAAGAGGUGUUUGUUGAAAAGGCCAUGCUGCCGGCGAGCAACAAGUUCUCGACGAGGAACAGAGAGAUUAUGCCGGCCGAGUGCAGAGAGCGCCAUGUGACGUACCGCGGGAAGAUGAGCGCCAGGCUCGAGUACAGGAUCAACGGCGGAGAUCCGGUCGAGUUUAUCAGAGAGCUUGGACAGAUUCCGCUGAUGUUGAAGUCAAAUAAGUGCCAUCUCGAGAAUAACUCGCCGGCGUUACUGGUGGAGCGCAAGGAAGAAUCGGAGGAGCUGGGUGGAUACUUUGUGGUCAACGGAAUUGAGAAGCUUAUCCGACUCCUGAUUGUCAACAGACGCAACUUCCCAAUGGCAAUCAUCCGACCUUCGUUUGAGGGACGUGGACCGACAUAUACCAAGUUCGCUACACUCAUCCGAUCGGUCAGGCCUGACCAGACUUCGCAGACGAAUGUCCUGCAUUACCUUGAUGAUGGAAACGUCACAUUCAGGUUCUCGUGGAGGAAGAAUGAGUUUUUGGUGCCGGUCAUGAUGAUCAUGAAGGCAUUGGUUGAGACGAACGACAGGGAGAUUUUCGAGGAUCUCGUUGGAGGGGCUGGUUCGAAGGGUGCCAACAACACCUUCUUGACCGACCGCGUGGAGCUGCUGCUGCGCACUUACAAGGCUUACGGUCUGUACACAAAGUCGAAAACGAGGGCAUACUUGGGAGAGAAGUUCAGGAUUGUGCUUCAGGUUCCGGAUAACAUGUCUGAUUACGAUGUUGGCACGGAGUUCUUGCGCAAGAUUGUGAUGCCGCAUUUGGGUAACGUGGACGUCACUGAGGUACAAGACGCCGAUAAGUUUCAGAUGCUGCUGUUUAUGAUUCGGAAGCUCUAUUCGCUGGUUGCCGGCGACUGCUCUCUGGACAACCCCGAUGCGGUUCAAAAUCAGGAAAUCCUUCUCGGAGGGUUCUUGUACGGUAUGAUCAUCAAGGAACGUCUGGAUGACUGGCUCUCUACUGCCCUUCGCCUCGGUCUGCGCGAGUAUACGAGAAGAAACCCAGCAAACAACUUCGCGUCGCCCGAGUUCUUGAAGGAUUUUCCGACCAAGAUUUUCGGGAGGACGAACGAAGCCGUUGGACAGGCUCUGGAGUACUUUAUGUCUACGGGAAACCUGAUCAGUCCUACGGGUCUCGAUUUGCAGCAGACGUCUGGAUUCACGGUCGUCGCUGAGAAGAUCAACUUUUUGCGUUUCAUCAGUCAUUUCCGCAUGGUGCACAGAGGCAGUUUCUUCGCACAGUUGAAGACUACAACCGUUCGUAAACUGCUGCCGGAGAGUUGGGGAUUCCUAUGCCCUGUCCACACACCCGAUGGAAGUCCCUGCGGUCUCCUCAACCAUCUGUCCCACAAAUGCAAGAUUCUCACACACGGCGUGGACGCCGGCGCUCUCCCAUCACUUGCCGUCGACCUCGGCGUGGUUGGAUUUUCAUCUGCUUCCACAGAUGAGAGUGUUGUAGUUAUGCUGGAUGGAAAGAUUCUGGGUUGGUGUACGCCGAAGCAGUCUCUGCGGAUCGCGGAUACACUUCGAUUCUGGAAGGUCGAAGGAACGCACAACGUUCCUGUCGAGUUGGAGAUUGCCUAUGUGCCAGCCUCGCACGGUGGCCAGUACCCAGGUGUAUACCUCUACACUGGGCCCUCGCGAAUGGUCAGGCCAGUCAAGUAUCUACCACUCGACAAGGAGGAUUGGGUUGGUCCGUUGGAGCAGCCGUUCAUGUCGAUUGCAGUCACCGAGCAAGAAAUCGACUCAGGAGAGACGACGCACGUCGAAUUCGACCCGACCAACAUCCUCUCCAUCCUCGCCAACAUGACUCCCUUCUCCGACUUCAACCAAUCUCCCAGAAACAUGUACCAGUGUCAGAUGGGUAAGCAAACCAUGGGUACCCCAGGAACAGCCCUUCGCUACAGAACCGACAACAAGUCGUAUCGUCUCCAAACCGGACAGACGCCGAUUGUUCGUGCGCCUCUGCACAACGAUUAUGGAUUUGAUAACUUCCCCAACGGUUUCAACGCGGUCGUUGCUGUCAUCUCGUACACCGGUUACGACAUGGACGACGCCAUGAUUAUCAACAAGUCCGCUCACGAGCGCGGCUUCGGUCAUGGCACCAUCUACAAGGUGAAGAAGUACGAGCUGGACGAGGGCCAGAAGUCGAGAUCGGCCAAGAAGGUCAGCAAGCUGUUUGGUUUUGCGCCCGGCGGACUUGUCAAGUCCGAGUGGAAGGCCCUGAUUGAUGAGGAUGGUCUGCCAUUUGUCGGCCGUCUCGUCAAGGAAGGAGAUCCAGUCUGCGCGUGGCACACCGUCACCACGGACGCCAACGGCAAGCUGGUCAACCGUGACGGCAUCACGCACUUUGAAAAGUACAAGGAGGGCGAGAUGACGUUUGUCGAGGAGGUUCGCGUGAUUGGCAGUGAGAACGGCAACGAGCCGGCCCAGAUGAUCUCUGUCAAAUUCCGCGUCCCUCGUUCCCCCACCAUCGGUGACAAGUUCUCCUCUCGUCACGGUCAGAAAGGUGUCUGCUCCCAGAAGUGGCCUGCCGGCGACAUGCCAUUCUCCGAGUCUGGAAUGCAGCCUGAUAUCAUCAUCAACCCCCACGCUUUCCCAUCGCGUAUGACGAUUGGCAUGUUUGUCGAGUCGCUCGCUGGCAAGGCCGGUGCGCUACACGGUCUCGCACAAGAUUCCACGCCGUUCCGAUUCGACGAGGAGAAUACUGCUGGAAACUACUUUGGCCACCAGCUGAUGAAGGCGGGCUACAACUACCACGGCAACGAGCCGAUGUACUCUGGCAUCACGGGCGAGGAGCUGCACGCUGAUAUCUACGUUGGCCUCGUCUACUACCAGCGUCUGCGUCACAUGGUGAACGACAAGUUCCAAGUGCGUACCACGGGUCCAAUCACUGCCCUGACUGGCCAGCCGAUAAAGGGUCGUAAGAAGGGAGGAGGUAUUCGUGUUGGUGAGAUGGAGCGUGAUUCGCUUCUUGCUCACGGCACGGCAUUCCUGCUGCAGGACCGUCUGCUGAACUGCUCCGACUAUACGCGCUCGUGGGUGUGCAAGGGUUGCGGGACGUUCCUGUCGGUCCAGCCUACUGUGAGUGCAUUUGCGCCGAGGAAGAAGGGGACGGGGGUUGUGAGGUGUAGGAGGUGUGCCGUCAAGGUUGAUGGGUUUGUGGCGGAUGGGGAGGUGUGGGAGGAUGGAGAGGGCCAGAGGUGGGUGGGGGGUGAGGAGACGACGGUUGUGGCUGUUCCGGGGGUGUUGAAGUAUUUGGAUGUUGAGUUGGCCGCGAUGGGGAUUAUGUUGAAGUAUAAUAUCGAGCCGUGAUGAGUUUUAGGGGCGUUGGGGGGUAGGAAUUGAAUUUAAAUAGGAAUUGAAUUUAAAUCUUGUAUGCAG